AUGAAGAAUGUUUCUUCCAUUCUGCUGGUUGGAGGCUAUGGCGAUUGCAAGCUUGUUCACGAUUUUGUAAAAAGGAAAAUAAGAAACAAAGAUAUCAUCAUUCCACAAGAAGCUGGGUUAGCGGUGCUCAAAGGUGCAGUCAGAUUUGGACAUUUACCCUGGCUCGUUACAUCUAGAAUAGUGCAAUCCACAUAUGGUUUCCUUUCAACAGCAGACUUUGAUGCAAACAUUCAUCCCAUUCAGAGAAAGAUUAUUGGUAGUUAUGGAGAAGAAAAAGUCAAAAACGGUUUUUGUAAAGUUGUCGGUGUAGACACCGAGGUUAGCAUUGGAAAACCGGUCAAGGCUCCCGGAAAGUGCUUUCUUUCGUUAGAUGGUGAUACUACUUUGAGAAUUUACACAUCCUCAGAGGCAAAUCCCGUUUUUGUAACUGAUGUCAACUGCAAACAAGUAGGAGAACUUUCAUUGGGAUAUGCAAAGGGAAAUUCCAAAGGUGAAAACGAAAUAGAAGUUAGCUUUCUCUUCGGUGAAACAGAAAUAGAAGUGAAGGUGAAGAUGCUGAAAGAUGGCUCGGAAAUAAAGAAGAUCAUUGAUUGUUUAGCAGAUAAGGGAUGCAAACAAGUUGACCCAGGUUGUCGAUAA